AAAAUCUCCCGCCCCAAGCUUUGCCUAACGUGGUCCACGACACGGUCUCUCUGUGUUGACGUUCUUUUUCUUUUUUUUAAGAAAAAAUCCUGUCUCCUCUACAAUUUUCCAACCUUUUUUUUGCCUUUUCAACCAGAACAAAAUUUGAACCGUCCAUCAAAUACCAUUCCCACAUCGCCCACUGACGGAACCUGGCCACAGCUAGACGGAUCCUCAUAACAACGUUGAAGACGCCUACAUCCCCUUAUCUGAACACCACGGCCACACACUUAUACGUUCACCACCACACACCUUCUGCUUCCACCGAAAAUGAGUCUUGAAGUCGGAAGCUUGCCCUCGCCAACAGGGCCAUGGAGUCCUACUCACAACACUCGAAGCCCCUCAUUCGACGUUGCAAAAAGUGCCCAGCUAUCACAUAGCAGACAGCAGCCCUCAGUGGCAUCCCGGUUCAAGGAUCUCGUCAAGUUCCUUUCAUCCGUCUCAGGCGACCUUUCCAAUGUCACAGCACCCCCUUUCUUUCUUGCACCAUCUUCAGUGGUCGAGGUCGGUCACUGUUGGAGCCAGCGCCCCGGUGUCUUCGCUGCCCCGGCCCUGGAGCCUGACCCGGCAAAACGAAGUCUCCUGGUCCUACGCAUGAUCCUGAUUGCCAUGCGUUCUCAAUUCUACGUUGCCGGCUCGCCCAGUGUCAGCAUCAAGAAACCUUUGAACGCUUUCCUCGGCGAACUCUUCCUCGCCUCAUGGACGCAGGUGCCAAAGGGCAAGAGCAAGGCGAAGGGAAAGGAAAAGAGUAUCAAGCUCGGGAUGGACAGCGGCGACGGCAAGGCCGCCACCACACGCCUCGUGGCCGAGCAGGUCUCUCAUCACCCUCCCAUCACGGCCAUGGCCAUUAUCGACGACGAGCACGGCAUCCGGGCCGACGGCUACGCCCGCGUCGAGAUGACCUUCAGCAGCAGCGUCGAUAUCCGCCAGAUCGGCCACGCCAUCGUCCACAUCGACGAGUACGACGAGGACUACCUCAUCCCGCUGCCGGACGUCAAGGUCCGGGGCUUCCUCUCCGCCAGGCUGUACCCGGAGGUCCUUGGCACCUACACCAUCGUGUCCAGCUCCGGGUUCGUCAGCGAGAUCAGCUUCUCCGGCGCGGGCGUGUUCCGCGGUAAGAAGAACACCUUCGAGGCCAAGAUGUACCGCAAGGAUGACCCCAAGAAGACACCACUCUACGAGGUCGCCGGCCAGUGGAGCGAGGGGUGGACGGUCAAGGACAGCCGCACGGGUGAGGUCCUGGAGAAGUAUGACGUCGACGCCGUCGAGAACAGGCCCGCGCCCAUGGACAUGGAGCCGGUCGAGAAGCAGGACCCGUGGGAGUCGCGGAAGGCCUGGGGAGGCGUCAUCGACGCGCUCGACCGCGGCGACUUCUGCGAGACCGUCACCGAGAAGUCCAAGCUCGAACAGGCGCAGCGGCGCAUGCGGGCCGAGGAGAAGACCAAGGGGCAGACGUGGGAGCCGCUGCUGUUUGGGAGCAAGGACGGGGCUGAUCACGAUGUGUUCCACCGCCUUGCCAAGGGGACAAGCUGGGAGAAGCAGCUGUCGAGCGACAAGACCAAGGGAGUGUGGAGGGUCAAGGAUGAGAAGGCGAAGGGGGCACAGAGGCCUUUUAGAGGCGAACUUACACCAUUUGGCUAGACCGAGGAGCUGGGUCACUUUUACUCAUUUGCUUUUUGUGGUGAGCGUUGGCGUUGUUGUUUUGGGACUCGGCAUUUUCAACAUACUUCUAAAGUUUUCAGUAGCCUUCGAAGACUAGACAAUAUCAGGCAUUGAAUCUCUUCA